UGACACGCGAAUACACCCACGGAAAAACGCUUGGCCGGGAAAUCGCAUCCGGCGGAAAUUCGGCACCAGUGUUGUUCUUAAAUGGUGCUCGUGAGUGUGAAUAGUUAACAAUAGUGGCCCGAACAGCAUUCCAAUUCUUGUUGUGCGCGGUGCGAUGGUUCCAUCCGUGUCCGAUUAGCAGGAGCAGCUCGCCUCACAACGCCCGACGCACGCACACAGCAACGGGAGGCCCUGGAUGUGUAAGCGACGCGGAUCUACACACGCGUCCAAUGCUCCGGAUGUCAGCGUAGCGGAGGUUUUGUGUGCAUCAGCGAGACAUCCGGACACGGCGUAGGGCCCCGUAGGUGAACGGCCACUCCAUCAAAAACAAAAGGCAAUUUCCAGCGAACGGAAAGGAAAGAAAAGCGUGAGUGAGAAAGAGAAAGAAAACACCAACCAACUCCACACGAGAAUUGCCUGUUUUGACACAUGAGGGUGCAAUACUAAGCAAACAGACGAACAAAAAAAAAAAAACCCCCCCACAUACACGCCGUUCAAAAGGCAUCAGAAAUAGAUAAAACGUCAAUCAACCAACGGCUGAAUCUCCAUCGUAGCAGGCCACUUGGUGUGUGGUGUGACAUAUUCAACGUCAGUGGAAAAUUACUUCCGACGCUGAGUACGUGCGGCACAGUGCAGGCAGACCAGACAGCAGAGGAAUAUACGGAAGCCACGGAGCAGAAAGAAUUGGACGGUGCCCACAAACCACCGGCAGCCAUUACCGAGCGGGGCGACUAUUGGGGUGACCCGGAAGUGGACGGGAUAGAAAUGGCAGAGCGCGACUACAUCGGGUUUGCCACACUGGCGGAACAGGUGCACCGGAAAUCGGUGAAGCGUGGCUUCGAGUUUACGAUGAUGGUGUGCGGCGAUACCGGGCUCGGCAAAUCGACCCUCAUCAACACGCUCUUCCUGACCGAGCUGUACGGGCAGCGCAUCGUGCCGCCGGUCGAGGAGCGGAUCGAGAAAACGACCCGGAUCGAUAAGAAAACGCUCGACAUCGAGGAGAAGGGCGUGAAGCUGCGGCUGACGAUCGUGGACACGCCCGGGUUCGGUGAUGCGGUACACUGCGAGGACAGCUGGCGCGUCUGCACGCAGUACAUCGACGAGCAGUUCCGGCAGUACUUUACCGACGAGAGCGGUCUGAAUCGGCGCAACAUACAGGACAAUCGGGUGCACUGUUUGCUGUACUUCGUACCACCGUACGGUCGCAGCUUGCGCCAGCUGGACAUCGAUCUGUUGCGCAAAAUGCACAAGAAGGUUAACAUCAUCCUGGUGAUCGGGAAGGCGGACACGCUCACGCCGAAGGAGAUGAAGUCACUGAAGGCACGGAUCCUGGAGGAUGUCGAAACGCACGGCAUCCAGAUCUACCGUCUGCCCGAGUGCGAUUCCGACGAGGACGAAGCGUUCAAGCGGCAGGAUCGCGAACUGAAGGCAAGCCUCCCGUUCGCGGUGGUUGGCAGCAACCAGGUGAUGGAGGUGGCCGGACGGAAGAUACGCUGUCGUCAGUACCCGUGGGGUGUGGUGGAUGUUGAAAAUCCGGACUACAGCGAUGUGGGGAAGCUGCGCACGAUGCUCAUCUCGACGCAUAUGCAGGAUCUGAAGGAUACGACGCGCGAUAUACAUUACGAAAAUUUCCGCGCCCAGUGCAUUUCGCAGAUCUCGCAGCAUGCGCUGCGCGAGCGCAAUAAGCUGAAGCAUGAAUCGACCGCUUCCAACCACGAGCUAACCGACGCGGAGCGAUUGCUGCUGCUGCAGAAGGAUGAGGAGAUACGCCGCAUGCGUGACAUGCUGGCUGAGAUGCAGGAAAAAUUGGAAACUACCACCACCAACGAUACUGUUGUUGACGUUUAGUAGUACGCCAACAGCGUAGUUAUACCCGUCGGAUCCUUCCUCACGUGGUUCGCCGUUUACAACAUCCGUGCGCGUAACGGUCGCGCCUUUUUCUUCGCAACGACCAAACAAACGCGAACGAUGCGGGGAGGGUUUUAUCCACGUGGACGGGGGGGUGGACAUCCAGACGUUAGGACAUACAUUCAAAAUUCGUAGUUUAUUCCGUGACAGAAGAAGAAACCUUACUAGCAGAUUUACCCGAUGGGGAAUAGCAUUUUCACUCUGAAAAAUGGACCGUUUUCCCACAUCGAAGGUAACAGAGACGAUAAUUGUUUAGCUGCAUUAUCCGGGUGUUGGUGCGCGUAGGAGUUUCCAUGCUCUGUUGCGCGUAGACAGGAGCGUGUCGCGUUGCUCAAUAUGAAAUAAAACAUCCCGAACGAACGAAUGCAUUGCUUUAAUACGUACAUUAACUAUUACAAUACUCAUUCCCUAACACGUUAGUAAUUCGUUUUUACGUGUAGUAAAACUCGACCAAAGAGAGAGAGAGAGGGAGAGAGAGAGAGAGAGAGAGAGAGAGAGAGCGAGAGACAGAAAAAAGAAAAGACAGAGAGGCUACCGUGCCGUACAUGGUCACGGUAACGGAUCCAGCACGGAACGUUAUAGGGAUAUAAAUGGGUAACGAUGCAAGCAGAAACACGGAGUACUAAAUUUCCCCCAUUCUG